CACUGACCUCGACGGCCCAUUGGUUGAUCAUUGACCAAUAGAAAUCAGUUUAUAGGAAAAACGACUUUCUGAGACAAAGUGUUAGGUCGAAGAGUUCAAAUCUGAGAUCUAUACGCUUCCAAAUCCUAUUAGAUGAUCAGUAGGCAAUAGAAUUAAAAGAUUUAUAGAAAAGGUUUGCGAGGCAAAUUUUUAUAUUCAGACAUUCGUCGGAUGACCGGAUCUGGUCAUUCACUUUUCUUCAGUACACAUAAUCUCGGAUAUAAAUUCGAGAUUUCCGUAUUUAUUUAAUCAUAUUUUUAUUAUGUUUUAUUUUCUUAAAUUGAGAAUACUAUAUAGUUGCAAUGUUUUUCGAUUUAUACGUCGACUUCAACAUCUGAAAUAACUUUUGAAUAACAAAAGUUACCUUGUUUGGAUUGUCAAAUCAUUAGAUCGAUGACGAACAUCUGAUAUGUUUGUCAUAAUUAGUAAAUGCUAAUAUUGCUUAACUAAUAGGCUAUUCUCAAAACUAAACAAUUUUCUUUUGAGACUAUUUUUCUAAGAGGAACCUACUAUUGAAAAAAAAUCUCGUAAUAUUGAUUAAUUUCAUGAAGAUGUUUUUCUUCACUUAUUCGAUUUGAAAGGAGAAAGAAGAUAUAAUCAAAUCUGAUAUUUAGUAAUAAUCUUUCUUUAAUGUUGUAUUAGAGAGGAUGGCAAGAAUAUUCAAUCUUUAUAGAUAAUCAAAAAUUUUAUUGUAUUCUAAAUUAUAAUCUGUAUAAAGAUGUCAAGAAAACUUAUUCAAUAGCUAAAUCUCAAAUUUUUUUUUCUAGCUUUCAACGAUGAUAAUAAUCAAUGUUUAUGUAUAACAUCACAUGAAUUAAAUCUAAAUUUUGAUAAUAUUCAUCAUAUAAAAUUUUUAUCCAAAGAUAAUUGUGAUCGUUAUUGUGAUAAUAUAUUAAUAAAUUCAAAUAUUCAAGAAAAAUUUUCAUGUGGUUCUUUAAAUGAUUCACGUAUAUGGUCUAUUUAUAAUUUAAAUUCUAUAUGUCCAGUUGGUUCAAUUUAUAUAAAAGAAUUAGAAAAAUGUAUAUCAAUAAAUAAAGGAAUAUUUAAUUCUUGUCCAUUUCCUUCAAUGAAUUAUAUUUAUAAUGGAAAACCAACAUGGAAUAUUUUUUUAAAAGCUAUUAGAAAAUUAAACUUAACAAAAACUAUUCUUUCCAUAGAUUUCAAUGAUAAUUUUACUAUUGAUUCUUCAUGGUUAUGUUCAACAAAUAAUAAUAAUACUAUUAAUUCAAAUGAUUCUAACAAUAAUUCUAGUACAUCAUACAUAUUAGAUAAUAAUUGUUUACGUAUUCGUUCUAAUUCACAUUUAUUAUCGACUCAUUUAUGUAUGACUAAUUCUGUUAAUAAUAAUUUAUUAUUUAAUGAUCUUAAACGGUAUCCAGCUCAUUUAAUCUUUACGAAUAAAAAUAAGUUUAAUUGUCCAGUGAACUGGUUGAAUAUAAAUGCUGACUGCUAUUAUAUUUCUAAUGAACCUGAGACUAUUCAAGAAGCAAUGGAUACUUGCAUUAUUGAGUCAUUAAUCGAAAAAAAUUUUAGUGCAUUUGUAAUGAUGCCUAAUAAUACGAAUUAUACAAAUAUUAAUCUUGAUGAUAAGAAGAAAACAAUUAUCAAACACAAAAAUCCUUUUAUUAGUACUCUUGAUGGAGAAAUUGCACAAUAUAUGUUACCAUGGGAAGUUCGUCUUGGCUUUUUUCUUCUUGAUACAAAUGCGAACAAAAUGAAAUCUGAACUAUCAUCAUUAUCUUCUAAUGUUGAAGUCAAUCAUUCGUCAAUAAAUGAAUUUCAAAUCAUUAUUUCAAACAAUAAUAAUAAUAAUUCAACUGUCAAUAAUAGAUCUUGUUUAGUUGUGACACGUAGAAAAAUUGAUGAAGAAGAAAGAAUUUUUAUUUCAACAACAAAUCAAAAUAAGAAUUGUUCUCAAUCGAAACAUGUUUUAUGUAAAAAGAAGGCAAUUAUUGAUGAGAAAUUUCGACAAAUUUGUUUUCAUAAACCACUAACACUUGGUGUACCUGCUUUAAUAUCAAAUUAUUUAACACAUAAAUUAUGCAUGUCUACUUGCGAUCACUUAUUUGCAGAUAUCAGUCUUCUACAUAUGAAUAAAUGCUAUUGUAUAGAUGGUUUUUCAGAUGUAAUCGAUGUUGAAGAAAAUUAUAGGAAAUAUAUUACAACAGAUUGUGGAAAGUCCUGUCCAGGUAAUCCAAAUCAAUAUUGUGGUGAUACAAAUACAAUUAUUGUGUUACUUAGAAAGAACGUUCUAUAUUUGGCACAUUUCUACACGCCUUCUCGAUACUAUAGACAAUAUCCUGAUUUUGUUUACGUUGGUUGUGUUCAGUUCAAUAAUAUCAAACAAUUAGGAAUGUAUCAAUUCAAUAUAGUUAAUAGACAAGAUGUUCAUCCACGUCAUUGUUUACAACUAUGUAAAAAAUAUGAACAACAAUAUGCACUUCUUAAAUCAAAUACAUGUUUAUGUACGAAUAUUCCAAUAGAAAAAGUAAAAAAUCAGCUGAAUUUGUUCAAUUGUGAUCGAAAAUGUUAUGGUAAUUAUUUUUAUAAAUGUGGACAUACAAUUGAUUCAUCAAUGUAUUCAGUAUAUCUUAUACGACCAGCGUGUCCAUUUAAUUUUCUUAUGACUGAUAAUCCACAACAAUGUGUUCGUGUUCCAGAUAUAUUGAAAGAUUCUUUUUCAAGUGCACAAUCUUAUUGUAAAUCAAUGGACAGUGUACUAGCGAAAAUAAAUGAUAUUUUAGAAAUUCAAGAUCUAUUACCUGAUACAAUACUUCGUCAUAGUAAUAUCUAUAAAUAUUCGCUUGAUCCUUCAAUAAUCCAUGAUGGAAUGUAUUUUUGGAUUGAUCGUACGACGAAUAUCAUUAAUAAUAAUAAUAGAUUAUCAGAAAAUUUUUUCAAACAUUGCAUGAAAAAAUCUAAAUCAAUUAAUCGAAAUUGUAUUGUUUUCCGUCGUGAAAAGAUUCUCGUUGAUAACGUAAUAAAAUUUCAACGAUGUUUUUCUGAAUCAGAUCAAUGUUCGUCGAGAUCUGCAAAGCCUGUUUGUGUUAACAAAAAUUUAGAAUCUCAUUCAAAUGUAAUACCUUCAAUGAGAAAUAAUGAUUCAUCGAUCAUAAAAAUUAAUAUAUCCACAGACUAUUUAUGUGGUAAUGAUACAGAUUAUCAUUUAAUCGGUGAUUAUUGUUAUAAAGUAUUAUUACAUGAAACAACUUGGCAUAAAGCAAAAACUGAAUGUGAACGUGAUAAUGCUACAUUAUUCUUUCCGAGCAUUAACUCAAGGUUUGAUUUGAUAAAACAAAUAAUUUUACAUCGUCAUAGUUAUACAUUAUCUACUGGUAUUGUACAUGUUGAUUAUUUUUAUUUUAAUGAAACUUCUCAUACUAAACAGCAUAAACCAAUUUAUGAAAGCAUUGAAUCACAAAAUUUCAAUCAUAGAGACUAUUCUGAUUUAUGUGAAGACUCAUUUCAUGCUCAUCCUCCUUUAUCAGAUGUUUCACUCAAUGAAAUAGUGAAAUAUAUUGAUGAGCUCGAAUUAACUAUACCAAGAUGUGGAUAUCUUGAUUUUACGGGGAAAAUUCAAGAAAGAAGAGGAUGCAGUAAAGAAUCUUGCAAUCAAUCAGCAAUUGUAAUAUGUCAAAAAUUACCAAUGAUGACAACUCAUAAUAUUCUAGCUAAACGGUUAGUUGUUGUUAUUAAUUACAUUUGUCUUUGA